UUCCGUUCAUUGUCUCUCCCUUUGCUCCAUGUAUUGGACUUGGCAACACCGCCAGAAUGCAAAUACAUGGCAUUGUUGUGGAGCGGGCCACCCGCUCCAGACAGGAGGGGUGGCCACUGGACUAAACAUCAGAAGUCAGCGGAGGACACUUCUCUUUAGAACGCAGCACGGACAGCCGUCGACUUUUACAGCAAGGAAACACUCAUUGCAACCGAAGAUGGACGCCUACUUAAAUCCUAAUGGAUGCAGUCGACAUUGACCGCGCCUCCUCCCCCCGGCGCUGCAAUGGUAGAGGUAAAGUCGCUGUCUUGGUACCCGAUACAAUUGUGUCACUGGUGAAACCUUGCACAGGAUGACGCGGUCUGGAUGUGUGAAUUACAAGGGAAUUCCUGUCUUCUGACUUGAUUUGAACCGAGCACCUUUUGCAGCUCACAAAUAUUGCUUUCCCCCCCUUUUAUCGUUUCGUUUUCGCUCGGAUUGGGCCCAGUCAGUAUAAGGAUGGCAAGAGUCUAAUCUUGGAGCAUAAAAAUUUGGACAGAGCCACUUUUUAAAAAAAAGUGUCGAGUAGCAUAUGACUCUGAGGGAAGGUGGUAAAAGUGAGAUUUUGCUGCAAUGACUGAGGUGGAACCUGUGCUGGACUUUGCUACGUCAGGACGGACAGGCCGAAGAAAUGCUUUGCCUGACAUCCUAGGCUCACCUGCUGGAGUCAGUCCAUCGGAACUUCCCAUGAAAUUGGCAGAACUAUCUAUUAAUGCAGGAAUGGACUUCGCGAACCGACAGGUGGGCAACGUCCUCAAACCCAUCACAAUCAUCAAAGUAGAUGGCGAUAAUAUUAUUCUGCAAACCAAGAGCACCUACAGAAACACAGAAAUUAUCUUCCAGCUUGACAAACCAUUCAAUGAACAUACUGCUGACAAUAGAGAUUGUAAGACAGUUGUAUCAUUGGAAGGUGAUAAAUUGAUACAGGUUCAGAAAUGGGAUGGAAAACAAACAACACUCACCCGUGAAAUCAAGAAUGAGCAUCUCAUAUUGACUCUUACCCUAAAUGACGUGGUUUCUGUUCGCACAUAUGAGAGAGAACUUGUAUGAAAAAACUCCUUUCUUCAUAUUACUAUGCUGUUAGAUGAACCUCCUUAUGUAAUAACUUUGCCUAAAAAUAAAUUACCAUCCGGAUGUCCCAAUACUAUACCAGUGAUAGUUUAUUGUGAAUUAUGAAGGGAAUUUAAUUUUUCUUAAAUGUGACCUUUGUCAUGGACCUUUUGUGGUGUGUGCUAUGAAAUAGCAAAAGGUUCAACAAUCCUGCCAACAGAUUGUAUAUAAAUUGUUCUUGUCCUCUCCCAAUUUGUUUAUUCUUAAUCUUAAGUGGUUUAAACCUCAGAAUCGUCAGUACUGACCCUAGGCAUAGCAAUAGGACACCUUUUAAAAAUAAAAUGCUAAAAAUUGCAAUCUAAUUGUAGGAUUACUACUAUGAGGACUUAUUUUGACCUUGUAUAUGGGGUGCACAAAAU